AUGGCGGACAUAGCCCAUCAAGAGGGCAACGCGUUCUACAAGAAAGGGAACUUGGAACAAGCUGAAAAGUGUUAUGCUUUGGCAUUCCAACUAGACGGUUCAGAUCCUAAAUUCGCCUCCAAUCUCUCCGCCGUCUACUUCGAACAAGGCCGCUACCUCCAAUGUAUCGACGCCAUCUUCAACUCCUGGCGCGCCCUCCGUGUUAAACACAGCGUCAACGAAGAACCAAACUCUCCUCCCACCACCGACCCGCUCGCCCGGGUCUCUCUCCACGACAAGCGCUCGAAGAAGAAGGGCAAGUCCGCGGAGAGUAACGUUGGUAUCGAGAAGGAUAUCGAUGACUUUUUGGAGCGGGUGAUUGGAGAUGUGAAUGCUGGGAAGUACCCUGAGCUGCAGCAGGUCUGGGAGGCUUGGACGAGGAUCAGGGACGAGUGCAGUCGACAUUCGCAGGAGGAGUGCAAGACUAAUAUCGCGGAUGCGGAGAAACGGCUGAGGGCCCUCCCCAUCUUUAGGUCUGCGCUGUAUCCUGUCCUCGAAUACUACAGGUUCGGCCAUGAUCCCACUCGUUCCCUGUUCUACGGCAUCGACAACAGAAACCAAGGCGAGUUCAACAUCGACGAGAAGACGUUUGUUCGAGAGAAGUGGAAGUCUGUAGCCUUUCUGUUUGGCGGGUCUGGCGAUGCACGACACGCUUUUGGGACCUUGAUCCACUUCUUCGACAUUUGGAAGAAGCUGUACAAGCUCGGAAAACGGGGCUCUGAUCUCCCAAAGAUACAUCUCACCCUCGUCGACAUCCAUCCAGCCGCGCUCGCUCGGGUCAUGCUCGUCUUCGCUCUGAUUUGGAGGAGCAUGGACACCUCCGCCGAGGUCCUCAUGGAGAUCGAGACUACCGCUUUCUACGUCUGGAGCACGAUCAUCAUGCCGGACUACUGCGCCAAACUCGUCACCACCAUCGCCCAAGAGAUUAUUGCCGAGCUGGCAGAGAAGGCACCGAAGAAGCUAACGACGAUCUGGGCCGUUGACGACCGCACCCGAGCUCGCGUCCUGCCCGUGUUCGAGUACUGGUCCAAACCCCUCCAAAAGAGCAUGAAGAAGUUUUACGAGUACAAUGGCCCCAGUAACGCGUUCAGCAACCUCAUGGCCCCCAAGGGUAUCUCCCUCGCACGGAACGACAGGUUCCAGGCGAUGAUUGCGGAGUUCGAGAGGAUGAAGCUGAUCAACGCACAACCGGAUUCGGAACUGCCUUUGUACAACAACUGUCGGGGAGAAGAGAAGCUGUAUGACGAUGCGGCUAUCCUCCUCCCUCCCAAGAAGAUUCUCAGCCGCCAUCCGAACCUCAUGAAGUACGUCAAGUCAAGAGGGAAGACUGGAAAGGCGGCGCUUCAGGAAGAGGUGGUCCGGGAUUGGAGACCUAACGCGACUCUAUUCGAUAACAACACGACCGAACAUCGAUGUUUCGCAGCUCCAGGUGGCUACCCCGUCAUCUCCUCAGCCGAUCCUUUCCAUACGUUCAACGACUGUCUCAACUUCGUCCUCCCAUUCCGUGAGAAGGGCGAGGUAUCACUCGACCAGACCGGCUUCCGAAUCAUCCAACAGCUCUUCGACUCCGUUCGCCAGACCAUGGACCUCUUGGAGGGGUCAAUAACGUUGGAGUUCUUGUGUUCGGAACUGUAUUCGGGCCUCCCGCGCUUGAUCGCUGGGGACCUUGGACCCAGGCCAGCGUCUUAUCCAAAAAAAUACCUGAGGAUGUGGUUGAGUAAUACUCCCGACUAUACGGGUUCCGUUUUGAGCAACCUUGUAUACCUGGUGCCUCUACUUGAAGACUCGCAGCAGGCGAUGAUUCUCUGGAACUGUCUAUUGAAUCCAGCAUCGUUCAGCACUCUCCGGGACAUCUGCUUCAAUUACACAUACCUAACACCUGCCGAGAUUCGACGUUACUUCAACUGCGUCGUUCGCGACGAACACCGAAAGUCUCUCGACGAGUUCAGCAUGUCUAUGCUUCCUCGCACCAAAUCUUACUCGAGCACGGUCUCGAAGAAAGACUUGCAUCAUUACCUCGCCACGAUGCUCCUGCGCGCCAUCUGCUGCCCCAAAGCCGGAACAACCCCCUUCCGCGUCGACGAACCCACCAACCUCGUGUCGUUCUUCCGCCUCCUCGUCACCCUCUGCCAGACAAUUGGCUGCCCAUCCCACUGGAUCGGCGACUUUUUCCAGAGCAUCGUGAAUGAUACCCUCACCACGAGCGCCGGUAUCUUCACCGGAACCCUCCCCGUCACCUUCUCCCAAAGCCCAAAGCCGACUCCUGUUGCAAGGAAGGUGAAUCUGGAGCCUUGGCAGGUCGAGGUGGAGACGGUUCUUGUUUCGGCUAAGGGCGCUCUCCCCUUCCCAGUCGUGUACCCCGCUCGAUAUGCCUCCAGUGCGGACCUCAUCAAGACAUACACCACGGCAGUCGUCUCCACCGCCGGAAACACCCUCGAAACGAACCACCUCACCAAAACCGCGUCCUUGCUAUUCUAUAAACCCGGCGAUACAGAUUCAUUCAUCAAGACUUUUCCAUCCCGUAUCCCAGACUUGAUCGAGAAGAAAGACCCGGUGUUCAAAGGGUUGCAGGUACAGAUCCUCUCGUCUCUGGAGGCGAUGGAUUUCGAAACUGGGAAGGUGUCGUGGAAGAUGAGCCAGGCUUGGUAUGAGAGGAUGAGGAAGGAGGGAUGGAACAUGAUCGUAUUCGUAACCAAUCAGUGGAAGACUGUGUCGAAACCUGCCCCAGCUUCGGAAUGGAAAGACGCCAGGGACGAGGUGAGGGAUGGGAAGCGGCAUGCGUCAACCGUGAAUCCGUCGAGGAAUGCUGAGAUUGAUGCCAUGUUGCUCGAUUUGGAUUAGUCCGUGGUACGAGGAAGGAUGUAACGAUAGCCUGAGUGUAGUCUAUUCUUUGCCUUCAACGGUGCCUCGAGAUCGACGAGAUCAAUAUGGAAAGGCUUAAGCGCCGGUAUA